AUGCAUUAUCUCGAUCUUUCAGCCGCCGCCGAUUUACGAGAAGAUCCCAAGAACGACAAGCCGACGGAAAUCCAAGGAUACCUGCAGUUAUCCAGUGAACUCAAUCACAAGAAGAAAGAGAAGGACGAGAUUAUGUGCUACCUCUCAGCAAUGUUUCCUCUUCCUAAGCCAACUACCACCUCCAUAGUUGCGCCUCCUCGCUUAAAAACGGCAUCCUUGAACUCCAGCGCACCUGUUGAUCCAGUCUGGGCUGUCGUGAUCGGCACCAAUAAGUAUGCCCAUGCACAAUGGUUGGACGGAGCCGUCAAGGACGCAUGUGCUGUUCGAGAGUUCCUGCUGCACUUUCUUCAUGUUCCAGAGGACCACAUCUCCCUGCUGCUUGACCGGAACGCGACUCGCGAAGCCAUCAUCACAACCUUGCACGACCACCUACUCAACAACCCCAUGAUCAAACGUGGCGAUGCGAUCAUCAUCUACUUCGCAGGGCAUGGAGCUCGCUAUGUGAACGAUCGUGGAGGCUCCUACGAGGCCAUCGUCCCUGCAGAUCGCGGAAAGAUGCUAUCAGCAGACAGCCUCGACAUCGUCGAAGAUAUAUGCGAGCACAAGCUCCAUUCCUACUUGAAUCAACUCCGCGAUGCGAAAGGGUACAACAUCACCCUCAUCCUCGACUGUUGUUAUUCGGGAGGAUGUUCUCGAGGAGGUCCCGCAGCGACACGUGCGGUCAGGUCCGCGGCGCCCCUGCAUCAUCCCCCACCACGACUCGACCAGCGCACCGCUCAAUGCGAGCGCAAGCGUUGUGUCCGUUGUCUCACAGGAGACAACGACUGGGAGCGUGACAUGACAUCACACGUUCUGCUCGCGGCAUGUCAGGAGGACGAGCUGGCGAUGGAUUCCGUACGUGGCGGUGCAUUCACACGAGCUCUCCUGCGGCGACUUCGGUUGAUUUGCUCGACCACCUGUUUGACCACCAUGACGUACGUUCGGCUGAUGGCGAAGCUUGUCAGCCUGGGCGAGCGGCAACAUCCCAUGGUUGUGGGCGAGCACCAAGAUAGCGUGCUCUUUCGCGUUUGCGAUCGUUCUCGGUGA